ACUCUUCCCUCAUUCUCAUUCCUCUCCGCCGCCCCGCCCCGCCGCUGGGGGGCGCUCUGCGCCAUGCCGGCUAAGCGGCCCUUCGAGCGGCUCCCCGCCGACGUCAGCCCCCUUAACUACGGGCUGUGCCUUAAGCCCGACCUCAUCGACUUCACCUUCGAGGGCAAGUUGGAAGCCGCCGUGCAGGUGAAGCAUGGCACCAACCAGAUUGUGAUGAACUGUGCUGACAUCGACAUCAUUACAGCCUCCUAUGCGCCAGAAGGAGACGAAGAGGUACAUGCCACAGGGUUCAACUAUCAGAAUGAGGAUGAGAAGGUUACCCUCUCCUUUCCCAGUACCCUUCAGAAAGGGACGGGAACGCUGAAGAUAGACUUUGUAGGGGAGCUGAAUGAUAAAAUGAAAGGUUUUUACCGAAGCAAAUACACAACCCCUACUGGAGACACACGCUAUGCUGCUGUCACUCAGUUUGAGGCUACUGAUGCUCGCAGAGCUUUCCCUUGCUGGGAUGAGCCUGCUAUUAAGGCGACUUUUGAUAUUUCAUUGGUGGUUCCUAAAGACAGAGUAGCUUUGUCAAAUAUGAAUGUCAUUGACCGGAAGCCGUACCCAGAUGAUGAGAACCUGGUGGAAGUCAAGUUUGCUCGCACGCCCAUCAUGUCGACGUAUCUGGUGGCGUUUGUGGUGGGAGAAUAUGACUUUGUAGAGACCAGGUCCCUCGAUGGGGUCUUGGUGCGUGUUUACACUCCUGUGGGCAAAGCUGAGCAAGGAAAGUUUGCAUUAGAGGUUGCUGCUAAAACUCUGCCUUUUUAUAAGGACUACUUCAAUGUUCCUUACCCUCUUCCUAAAAUUGAUCUCAUAGCUAUUGCAGAUUUUGCUGCUGGUGCCAUGGAGAACUGGGGCCUUGUUACUUAUAGGGAGACUGCGUUGCUCAUUGACCCCAAAAAUUCCUGUUCUUCGUCUCGCCAGUGGGUGGCUCUGGUUGUGGGACACGAACUUGCUCAUCAGUGGUUUGGAAACCUCGUGACCAUGGAGUGGUGGACCCAUCUUUGGCUGAACGAAGGGUUUGCCUCCUGGAUUGAGUACCUGUGUGUCGAUCACUGCUUUCCAGAGUAUGACAUCUGGACUCAGUUUGUUUCUGCUGAUUACACACGAGCUCAGGAGCUCGAUGCCUUAGACAACAGUCACCCAAUUGAAGUUAGUGUUGGCCAUCCAUCCGAAGUAGAUGAAAUAUUUGAUGCUAUUUCUUACAGCAAGGGAGCAUCUGUGAUCCGAAUGCUGCACGACUACAUUGGUGAUGAGGACUUUCGGAAAGGAAUGAAUUUAUAUUUAACAAAGUUCCUGCAGAAGAAUGCAGCCACAGAGGACCUCUGGGAAAGCCUGGAAAAAGCUAGUGGUAAACCUAUUGCUGCUGUGAUGAACACAUGGACCAAACAAAUGGGAUUUCCACUCAUUUACGUGGAAGCUGAACAGCAAGAAGAUGACAAAGUGUUGAAGUUAGUCCAGAAGAAGUUCUGUGCCAGUGGACCAUAUGCUGGGGAGGAUUUCCCCAUGUGGAUGGUCCCCAUCAGUAUCUGUACAAGUGACGACCCCACCAGUGCCAAAAUGCAAGUGCUGAUGGACAAGCCAGAGCUGACCUUGGUUUUAAAAGAUGUAAAACCAGACCAGUGGGUGAAGCUGAACCUUGGCACAGUAGGCUUCUACCGCACGCAGUACAGCCCUGAGAUGCUGGAGAGUUUAAUACCAGCCAUCAAAGACCUCUCCCUACCCCCCGUGGACAGACUGGGCCUGCAGAACGAUCUUUUCUCCCUGGCCCGAGCUGGAAUCAUUAGCACUGUAGAGGUUCUGAAAGUGAUGGAAGCGUUUGUGAAUGAGCCCAAUUACACGGUGUGGAGCGACCUCAGCUGUAACCUGGAGAUUCUCUCAACCCUCUUGUCCCACACAGACUUCUAUGAGGAAAUCCAGGUGUUUGUGAAAGAUGUCUUUUCACCAAUAGGGGAGAGACUGGGAUGGGACCCCAAACCUGGAGAGGGUCAUCUCGAUGCCCUUCUGAGAGGUCUGGUGCUGGGCAAACUUGGCAAAGCCGGGCACAAGGCUACCUUGGAAGAAGCCCGACGUCGGUUUAAAGACCACGUGGAAGGAAAAAACAUCCUGUCAGCUGACCUGAGGAGUCCUGUCUACGUCACUAUUUUGAAGCAUGGAGACAGCACUACUUUAGACACCAUGCUCAAGCUUCACAAGCAAGCAGACAUGCAGGAGGAGAAGAACCGAAUCGAGCGCGUCCUCGGGGCCAUCUCCCAGCCUGAGCUGAUUCAAAAAGUUCUCACCUUUGCACUUUCAGAAGAGGUACGUCCCCAGGACACCGUGUCUGUCAUCGGAGGAGUGGCUGGAGGCAGCAAGCAGGGGAGGAAAGCUGCUUGGAAGUUUGUACGAGACAACUGGGAGGAGCUUUAUAAUCGAUACCAGGGUGGAUUCUUGAUAUCCAGACUAAUAAAGCUGACAGUGGAUGGGUUUGCAAACGAUAAAAUGGCGGCGGAAGUCAAGGCUUUCUUCGAGAGCCACCCGGCGCCGUCGGCGGAGCGCACCGUGCAGCAGUGCUGCGAGAACAUCCUGCUGAACGCCGCCUGGCUGAAGAGGGACAGCGAGGACAUCCAUCAGUUCUUCCUGCAGAGGAAGGGGCCGCCCCCCGCCACGGCCUGAAGCCGCGCCGCCGCUGAGCCCCACCGCCUCCGUGGGGGGGGGGAAGGAAGGAGGAGCCGCUGCCCCGCGGCCCAUCGAUACGCCAAGAAUUCGGAGUCUUUUUAUCUCAAGCGGACGGGGAUUGGACUGAAUGUAGUGAAGUGGUUCCUGCUCACACUCCAGAAUUAAAAUUGGAUGAAAAUUAAUCGCGAUUCAACGAAAAGAGGGGGAGAGGAGAAAGAGAGAGAAAAAGGAAAAAGGAAGAGAGAGGAAAAAAAAAAAAAAAAAAAAAGGAAAAAAAAAAUCUGUAAAUAUGAUAGUAAUAAAAUAGAGCAUAACAAAACUGUGAAACUUCCUCCAGCCUUGUCGGUGGUCACAAUAUUUAACAGCCCCUCCUCGUUGGCAGAUUUUGGUGGAUUUUGUUUGGUUUUCUGGUUUUUUAAUGCCCUCCCCCCCCCCCCCCUAAAAAAAUAAAGAGGAAACCAGCAGAGCGAGGUCAGCAGAAUUCGGGGCAGGAGAGGCUGGGCGCUCGGAAGGCAGGAGGCCAAACAGCUCCCAGCCCCCAGCACGAGGUUUGGGGCAGGAGAUGCUCUCACAACCCCCCCCCCCCCGCCCCACGGAUCGCAGGCUCCCCCUUUUUUGCGUUACCUCUCAGCAGAAAGAAAACCCUCCUGCCGCUCUCUGCUCCUCGGUUCCACUUUGCUGACGUCCUUUAGAGAUAACGGGCUCGGAUGGAAACAUCUUCCACAGCCGCCUUCCACGCCAUUCAGUCUCUCGUCCUUUUUCCUCCUGCCCCCCCUGCAUGCCCUCGGGCGGCGCUUUGUGCCCGGCCCCCGCUCUGCUCCGCGUCCCCACUCCCAGCCCGUCCCACCUCCUCGUAGCAGCAGUAGCUUCUCGUUCCUCCCUGUGAUGCCGAUGGUCAUUGGAUUCAGAAGCCUUAAACGAGCGCUGAUGAAGCCUGAGCUGCGUUUCCUUGGCACGGGCUGCUCACCGACACGACGCCCUGACAAAAAAAGGUUGGAGCUCCGUACGGAUUUUUUUUCCCUUUAACAAGAAUUCAUCUUUGUUGUGGCUUCACUGUACUUCAGAAGGUCAGCAGACUGUCAGCCCGCUUCCCCCAAAACAUUUUUGUGCUCUUGUUUAAAGAAACAAACAAAAAACCCAACCAACCCAACAGAAAAACCACAACCAAAAUUCCAAACAAGUUGGCGUUAAUAAAAAUGUCAAUGUGAAAUUC